ACCGGAAGUAAAUCUAUUGACCCGGAAGCAAUAGUAAGCGCAUGCGCCUCGGGUAAAAGAAAUAAUAAUCCUUGAACAUGGACGCCACAAAGGAAAAAGAAGCCCUUUCGAUGAAAACCCCCAACAGUAAGAGGACGAGGGGUGAAGACGACGAGCCCCCCGCGGCGAAAACCAAGCCGGCGGUCGACCACAACACAAACGUGGCCAACCACUACAACCAGCUGCAGGAAGUCGGCUUGGCCGCUCGCAGCAACAGUCGCAUCUUCUUCAUGAGGAACUUCAACAACUGGGUGAAGAGCGUCCUCAUCGGGGAGACCCUGGAAAAGGUGCGCGCGGGGGGUCAUCGCCACGUGUCCGUGUUGGACCUGGGCUGCGGCAAAGGGGGGGACCUGCUCAAGUGGCGGAAGGGCGGCAUCGGCCACCUGGUGUGCGCCGACAUCGCCGGCGUGUCUGUGGAGCAGUGCCAGAGUCGCUACGAGGACAUGAGGAGGAAGAGCCACGCCAGCGAGAAGAUCUUCAGCGCUCAGUUCAUCACCGCCGACUGCACCAAGGAGGUCCUGUCUGAGAAGUUUGACCGACCCAAUCUGACGUUCGACAUAUGCAGCUGCCAAUUUGUCUACCACUACUCCUUUGAGAGUGAGGCCAAGGCUGACAUGAUGUUGAGGAACGCCUGCGAGAGCCUCAAACCUGGAGGCUUCUUCAUCGGGACCACCCCGGAUGCCUACGAGCUGGUGAAGCGCCUGGAGGCAUCGGACUUGCUCUCCUUUGGCAACGACAUCUUCAAGGUGUCCUUCCAAUCCAGAGGCGACUACCCGCUCUUCGGCUGCCAGUACCACUUCAGCCUGGAGCAGGUGGUCAACGUCCCGGAGUUCCUCGUCUACUUCCCCCUGCUGGAGCGCAUGGCCCUGCACUACGGCAUGCGCUUGGUGUCCAAGCAGAGGUUCUCCCAAUUCUUUGAGGAGAAGGUCAAGCACAGCCAUCACCGCAGCCUCAUGAUGAAGAUGUCCUCGCUGGAGACGUUCCCCUGCGAAGACGGAGGGAGGCCGGAGUCCGUCGGUGAAGACGAGUACUGCCACGCUCGGGAGCACUGCAACAGAAUGGCUUCCGGAAUGCGACUGGGAACGCUGAGCAGGUCCGAGUGGGAAGCGGCUAGCAUCUACCUGCUGUUUAUCUUCCAGAAGAUGUCCUGAUGCUGACAAACAUGGAUGCUUAUGUACUACAACUCCCAGAACGCAUUGCAGUGUUUGCUAAAGACACUUAUGCAGCUGAGUUUAUCCAGGCUUUAUAAUUCCCAAACUGUCUCUGCAUCCGAGAUUGGAUGAAGACCACAUCUUCCCCAUCACAGCCCUGAGCUGCUGCUGACAUCCAACAUGCAACAUCCACCUUGGAACCAGCUUAGCUUAUUUUCCUGAUAAGCUAAUUAAAGCAACUAUUUUUAUAAUCUGGAAUGCAUCAUAGCAGAGGACACUAAAGAACCAAUGUUGUAUUAGCGGUGAGCUACAAGCUCCUUAGCCAGCAUUAAAGGCAGUAAAUGGUUCCGGAGGCUGAUUGCUCAUCAUACUUCAGUUGCAGCUACUGUUAUCUUGUGGAGUUAAACAUCAUGCAUAGAGAGGUUGCCUGCAGCCACAGCUGCCAAUGUUUUUUUGUGAACCUAAUUUAACAAGCGGUGGUUAUUUUGCUUUUGUGUAGCGCGCACCAGGGGAUUUCUGGGGCUGGUGGUUCAUUGAAGCGUGAAUUGGAGUAUGUACAGUAAUGUGGAAAGCCAAGUCAUCUCUGUUGGCUGGUUGUGCUGAUGCUAUGGUAAAUAAAGCACAUAAAUGAAA